GUAUCAUUCAGCCAUAUCACCAAUGCCAUGACCCAAUCACUAUCAGUGAUCCAUUCGGGUAAAUUUGUCAGUUUAUCAGAUGGCAAUAUCCUUACAUUUUGUCCUUCAUUAAACUUGUUAUUUAUAUCCAUGAAUAAAACGUCAUUAUGGAUCUAUCGUACAAAUGGAGAACGAAUAUAUUCUAUAAAUAACAAGACACCAAUACAAAGUAUAUGUUUUAAUCAAGAUUGGUUUGUCUGUGUUGGGCUAGAUUCAAGUAUUAAGAUAUAUGAUUGUGAUGAUGGGAAGUUGUUGCAGACACACACCAGUGAGAACGUUAAGUUGAUUCAAUGGACGAGCCUUCAACAAUUAAGUGAACAAUUGUAUAAUGUCGAUGUUUUGGGCCAGAUGCCCAAGUUGCCAUUGGUAGAAAAUAGCAGUUUGGAUUACAUGAUAGUUGGUGAUGACCAUAGUGUUAACAUUACAUUUAAUAAUUUAACUAAUGAAACUCAAUUGAAUACGAGCAUAUCACUACCAGAUGGAUGGAUUCCAGUGUUACCCCCUCAAGGAGAACUAUUUAAAGAGUUAAUGUUUUUAAUUAGACGUGAUAAUUCACACAGGUUGCUUUGCUUGUCGUAUAACCUAGAAAACAAAACGUUGUUCCAAACGGUACUUGUCAAGUUAAGUCAUUCAAUAAAUCUACUUCAUUUCAUACAGAAGAAUCUCCAAGACUGCCAUAAACAUAUUGAGUCAAGUUUUCAAAUAUUGGACCGGUUAUUUGAUAAUUUACAAACUGAAAUUGAAGAACCUUUAACUGUCCACUUGAUCAAUAUAGCAUUGACUAAUUUAAUUGAUGAAUCAACAAAAGAUUAUUGGUUAAACUCGAUGGGUGAAAGGAAUUACAAGAGAUUGAGCAAAGCUAUGAACCAUAUGUACGAUGAAGUGCGUCAGGUUAUGUUCAAAUUUGUUAUUACUAGUUUCGAACGAUUGAUCAUAUUACUUUCAGAUUUGAAGGGUAUAACUAUUUGGUUGAACGACACGGAGGAACAGGAUUUUGGGUUGAAUUUGAAUAUUAUUGAAGAGUUGAUUAGCAUGAGUACAUCUUGGAUUAAAACAAGCUAUAGAUUAAUAUUUGAUAUUCAAAAAGAACAAAAAUUGUUUAACGAGUUUAUGGCGUGGGUUAAAGGUUCAAUAAUAGACAAAAUAUCAGAAGAAGAGCUGACAGAUCAAGAUUUCUCGAUUUGUGAUAUCAUUAAAUUCAUUAAUAAUUUGUUGUUGACUAGUCUGCUUGGAAAAUAUUUUGAAUUAUGUGAUUAUUCUAUAUUAAAGUUUAAAUCAGAUAUUAAUCUUUUACAUGAUAUUAAACAGAUAAGUGGAAAGUUCAAAUUAUUGACAAGUAGUGUUAAUAAUUUCCAUAGGUCGGUUAUACAUUUUGAAGAAACUAUUCAAGUUGAACUUCCUCCAUCACAUUAUAAUCUCACAUUACAGCAAGCACAAGGGGAAUGGCUACUAUGCUAUAUGGAGAGCUCUUCUUUAGGAAUUAAGAACUUGACUCACAACAAAACACACAUGUUGACCAAUAUCAAAUCAUACCAGUAUAAUAACAACUGCAUAUUUGCAUUAUCUGAUGAAUUAAUUGUACUAGAUAUUGAUUUCAAUCAAACAUCAAUUGAAAUACCACCGUUAACAUUUGUUCCGGACAAACUUAUCGUUACAAAUGACUAUUGUUUGUUUGCUGACUCGGAUCGAAAUUAUUCAAUUUGCUUGAAUAAAAGUUAGUAAGUUUACUCAUGUGAUAAAUGUUAGUAUCCUUUUCAUAGUAGUACUGGUGUUUUAUAUAGUCACGUAGAAUCUUAUAGAUGUCAUUAUCUUGAAUUAUAAGGGUUUUCAGUCUUAAUAAUUUUAUGAUAGCUUU